UGAGGUCAGUCAGAUGGAUGGUUUGAGAAUUAUGCAUGGAAAACACACACAGACACUCGCACACAGGCAGAUGUUUCUUGCAUGUAUAGAUAGAUGACAUUUGUAAUCUGACACAUUGGGCCUCAACUUUUUGACUUAAAUGUGUAUAAACAUUUUUUUGCAGAAUUGACAGAUUCAGAUGAAGAGUACAUCAGGGGUGUCAAGCUGCCCAAAUACCCCACUGCACCAAAAAAGCUGUGGUCCAUUCAAGCCUCUGAAGAUGAAGCCAGGUCUGUGGAGCGUGCGGACAGUUCUCAGGGCAGUGAAAUGUCCACUCCUUGCCCUCAAACUGCAAGCACAGCACCUCGGUGUGGAGAUCUGUCGACACCUAGAUCUCGACAUGCAGCAGGAGGUUGUCCCAUGGAUGGCUAUCGCUCUAGAGGUAGGUCCAGCAGAGGAUCCAGACACAGGUCCAGGUCACGGCACGGUGGUUCGAGGCACACGGACAGAUCCAGGUCACAGCAUGGUGGUUCGAGGCACACAGACAGGUCCAGGUCACGGCACAGUAAAUCGAGGCACACGGACAGGCAUGACGGGUCACACCGUACUGAUGCCUACAGAUGUGAUGAAAGAUCCUGGCACAGUGAUCUUACCAGCCCCCCCUAUGACGGGCCAAGGCAUGGUGCUGCAAAUUGCACGUAUUGGAGGGAAGAACACCAAGGACUGUGUCCACAAAGUCCUUGACCGGCUCUUCAGUAAUGCCCUGAUGGUGAGGUUUAAUAUGAAGGGGAAGGGGAAAAGGGGCAAGAAACCUUUGGAGAACACAAAGGUUUAUAGAGCAAUAUAA